AUGAGACUAGAUAUUCAAUGUCUUCGUGGUAUUGCUAUCUUACUUGUAUUCCUUUUUCAUCUUUUUCCAGAUACAAUUGUGAAUGGUUUUUUAGGAGUUGAUAUAUUUUUUGUAAUUUCCGGAUUUCUGAUGGCAAAAAUCAUAACUAAAACUAGGAUCACUAAAGCCAAUGACUUUUUGUUGUUUUAUUACAAAAGAUUUCGAAGAAUUCUUCCGUUGUACUUCCUAGUUAUAUUUGGUACUGUAAUAAUGGUGCAUUUUUAUUUGGGAGAGUAUCUCUGGAAAAACAAUAACAGAUAUUCUUUGGCUUCUCUAUUUCUGGUUACUAAUCAGCUAGUGAUUCACGAUCAAGCUGAUUAUUUCAAUUUUUUCACUAUGACCUCAUCUAUCAACGCAUUCCUUCAUCUCUGGUCCCUAUCAGUUGAAAUGCAGUUCUAUCUACUUGUUCCAUUCAUUUUCUUAGGACUCCAGAUGCUAGAGCACAAUUAUCUGAAGGUGAUUUUUAUCAUUUUCUUGCUUUUGACAGUUUCUAUUUUUCAGUUAAUUGCAGUAUCUCUAAUUACCAUUAUUGGCUGUAUAGCGUAUCUCCUCGUUCUCGAACAGUUUGCUUUUAACUUCAUGCUGCUUCGGCUAUGGCAGUUUUCCGCAGGCUUUGUUGCGUUAUUUUGUGCCAACCCGGAAAAACUUCCAAAUAAAGCUGAACUUUCAAAAGACGUCAUUUUCAAGUUUCCAUUUACAAAAGACGACAUUUGUACCGUUUCUCUAGCAACUCUGGGAUCAUGUUUGAUACCACAAAAACUGAAUGUUAUGAUAUUACGACCAGUGGUUACACUGUCUACUGCUAUCAUAAUUUCAUCUGAAAACAAAAACUUCCAGAUUCUCUCUUCUAAACUUCUUGGUUAUAUCGGAGAUGUUUCUUAUGUGCUCUAUCUGGUUCAUUGGCCUCUUAUUGCCAUUUUCCCUCCAUUCACAAUUCAAAACUAUCUGUUUUUAAUUGUAUCCAUAUUCUUGAUUUCCACUGUUUUGCAUCACAUUUAUGAGCAGAAGUACUUAACACUGGACUGGAAAUCGAUAACUUUACUUUUGUCGGUUUUGAUACUCGGAAACGGACUUCUACAAAUCAAUAUCAGACGAGAGGGCUUUUGGAAGAAUGAUUUCCCCACCGAUAUUCAGGAAAUUAUCGAUACAAAUAAAGCACAGCUUCCAUAUUCAUGGUCUCACGAACCGAAACGUUUUGAGUGUACCGAAGAGAAAAUAGGAGAUCAGAUUGAAGAUAAUCGAGUUUUCGGAUAUGGCUCAUGUAUUCGCGGCAAUGGCAACUUUUCGAUAAUGAUGAUCGGGAACAGCUAUGUCAUGAACUUGAGAAAUUCAAUUCGGACCCAAUUUAGUAGCAACUACACCGACUUUCGAUACGUUUCACUUGCAGCUGGCUAUGGGCUCUAUGCUGAUACUCCAAUCUCUCAUCUUUCUCUCGAAAUUUCUAGAAAAAACGUUGAACGAUACAAACCUGACAUUUUGUUCAUAUUGGCCAGGCACUCUUCGUCCAUAAAACAACCAAUCCAGGAAGAUGAUGAGUUUGUUCAGCAAAUGACUGAAAAUAUCAAGUAUUAUGAAAAAUUUGUGAAGAAAAUUGUCAUACUAGAUCCUCUUAUUCUAUUCCCACUUGGGUUUGUUGAUAUAUUUUUGCAAAAUGUGGUCCAUCGACCUGAAGCUCUGGAAAGAGUUCAUUUGAACCAAAGGAUAGCUGAUAAAGAAAUGAAAUUUGCGAAGAAACGUUUCAGUAUGUUGAAAUGUACUAAGUGUGAAUUCUUCGAGUUGAAUCAUGUCUUUUUGGAAGGGGACAAAUAUCUGACAUUCGAUCGAGAUACUUUGAUCUCUUAUGUGGACAACACAAUCCACCUCAGUUCUGCAGGACUAAAAAUGUGCGAUAAUGUGUUCAAAACAGUUGCUCAACAAGUUAUGGAUACGAUUUGA